UAAGUCCCUGGGGCCCAGAACUGGUACAUUUGCUUCCCUUUUAUCUUCUUCCUUUCUUCUCCUUCUCCUCUCCUCCUCUCCUCUCUUCUUCCCAGUCCCUUCGCUCGUAUCUCCUUGUUUCUUUUCUUUUCUUUUUUUUUUCUCUCCCCCCCCUUUCUCCUCUUCGCCCAUCUUGUCUGACGACCCCCGGGAUCCCCGUCCUCGAAAGCAUCGGUCUUUCGAUUACCCUUCUCCUGCCACCGGUGUCUUCUCGCUGUGGCUCCUUUUUUGUCACCCCAUCUUCGCUUCUUUAUCGACAGUUCCUGUCCUGCUGAGCACAGUCUCUGGAGAUUGUAGCUGCAGUGUCAACAUUCCAACCCCACCCCCCUUUUGUUUGGCCGGAGAGUGUGUAGUUGUUUGAUCCCUUUGUCCCUUGCAAGAAUCAAUCGGACCGGUUUGCAAUUCAUCCUGAUUCUUCUCUGGGACCAAGUCCUUGAUCCCUGUCUCUGGCAAGAAAACGAAAAAAAAAAAAAAAUAAUAAUAAAAGAAAAAAAUAAAGAGAAAGAAAGAAGAGACGAAGAAUACCCCAUCUCUGUCAUUCUCGAUCUAUUCGAACCCUUCAUAUCCCCUUACCUCGUUCAGUAGAAAAAUGGCUAGGUGCAGGACCAGUAUUGUGUCCAUCCUGAACAAUGAUGACAAUCCUUCGUUUGCCGUGCCAUCGGCCUUGACGGUGCCCAGGCAGCAUGCCCAAUAUCAUCAUCCGCAACAGCACCAACAGUUUCAGUCUCUACUACCGCCACAACAACAUCAACAACAGCCGCAACAGCCAGUUCCUGAUCUAGCCUACCGCUACCCUGUCUACGUGGAUUCACAGGUGGAUUCACCUAGACUGUCGAGGCAUCCCUACGACUCCGCUUCGCCGGCUGGAACCUCUCUGCCCACCUCGCCGGUCCUGUCAGAUUGCUCCUAUGACUACAUCCCCGGCAAUCCCAUGUCCUCCUACCAGCAUUAUGGCCGCCAAGAACACUCCUAUCCGCCUGCAUUCCCUCCGUCCCAGAGCCGCCUUCCUGUAGCCUAUCCGAAUGAUCCUCCUUCCCCACAGUCCUCUCUUUCCGGGUCCAAGGACCUCUCUGCGUCCAGAGGAAGCAGAAAGAACAAGUACCCCUGUCCGUACGCGGUCUCCCACAGCUGCUCGGCCACGUUCACAACGUCCGGGCAUGCGGCACGACAUGGCAAGAAACACACAGGCGAGAAGAGCGUCCACUGUCCCAUCUGCAACAAGGCGUUUACGAGGAAGGAUAACAUGAAACAACACAUCCGCACCCACCGCACCCAUUCCGAGGAGAUGUCAGUGCCGGUGGAGAAGGAAGAUGACUCGGGAAUCUGGACACGGAGACCUGGGCCAUCAUCCUACGACCACGACCGUCCGACGGGCCAGCCCCAAACGGACAGAAGUUCCUUUCACAGCGUCACGGGGAUUCUUUCGACAACGACACGAGAGAACCACCAUGGGUAUCGAUUUAAGUAAUGUUGAAACGAGAAUUUCAAUGGGGUCCUUGAUUCUUUUCUUUUUCUUUUUUGGACCCUUUCCCCCUUUUUUUUGAUUUCAUUUCCUGAUUCACAUCUCGGGUGUUGGGUGAUACCUGGACUGAGCGAAGAAAUGCUGAGGAUUACUGCUGUGCAGUGGUCUCUUGGCUGUUAUGUUUCCUCUUCUUACUCUUCUUCCAUUGUUGCUACUUGGAUAGAAACUUCCCAGUGCUUGAAUGUAAGCGCGCCACAAUCCAGCAAAAACAAAAAAACAAGCGGACAGCGGGUCUAUCUGUGCAUUAUUAUGACAGCGAUCGUCUUUGUUUUCUUAUGAGGUCGAUUGUCGUUCAUUCGUUUUUGUUCUUUUCUUAUUUUCUUUUGGAUAUUCCCGAUAACUUUCUACUUUCGCUUCAGUCUUUUUUCUUCUUCUCUUUUUUUUUUUUGGGUUUUUUUUUUUUUUUUCUAAUUGAGGCCACUGGCUGGAAGAUUGAUUUCCCCUUCUGUUAUGCUCUUUUGGCAUUUCUUUUACUAUUUCUUCGAUUUUCUUCUGUACAUUAGCGGGCGUCCGACUGCCUGGAAAUUGGCCAAGUGCAGUUGGAUCCAGCAUUUUUACCUCUAACUAGAAGGAAAUCUCAAGAUACUCGAU